GAGAGAGAGAGAGAGAGAGAGAGAUUGGAGCUGUUUUUCUACCUACUCUGUUCCGCCGAGACUCAGAGAGAGAGAGAGAGAGAGAGAGAGGUUUGCUUCUCAACUCAGAGUUUUUGAGGAAGAACCCAGCAAGCAGAGAUCAGUACUAGUUGUGGCAUAAUUUCUUCUCAAUUCAAUAUGGAAGACAACUCCUUACAGAGUGAAGGAACAGCUUCAGAUCAUAAAAGUCUCAGCGUUGUGUUGGAUAUUGAAAGCCUCAAUGUACAAUCCUCAGAUAGAAGCUCAGGAAGCCCCAAAAUGACAAGGGCACUUUCUAGGAAGUGGUCAUAUAGAACAGAGAGAUUGACGAGUGCUGAAGAAGAAGACUCAGAUGAGCAACCAAAGAAACUUUUAGUUAGAGCAGUGAACUCACAAGUAGAUCAAUGUUUGAAGCAACCAUUGAUCAGCAGUAAAACAUUGAUGACACCAAUCCAAAAUACACUUGGUGGUCCGAUUAGUGUUGUAGACACAUUGGAUGGACGCAACAAGCGGUUCAACCGCUUCAUGGCUAUCAACCCCAGGAAUAUCCUCUUCAUUCUUGCAACAGUGUCCAGCAUUGGGUCAUUGAUACUUAUAUAUUUCACCAUCACCAUUAACAGAACAGUAGUUUGACAGAGACAUGGAAGGCAUAUAUGCAGCUCUGCUCAAACAAAGCUCUUUUUCAGUGCUUGACACGGAAUUAAUCUAUAUGUAAUGAUGGAGAUAAAUGUAGAUUUUAUUGUUCCUUUUUUUUCUUUUUUCUUUUUUUUCCCUGAAAAACAAAAUUAGCCUAAUUAAUGCUCUCUGUUUAAUUUAAUUA